AAGUCUUUGAGACUGCCUAGGCCACUUCAAAACUUACACUUAUAAACUUAUUUGAGAAAAUAUUAUAUAAAUCUUAUUAUUUUCUUACAGUAUCGUUUUAGCUUUUACCAGAAACAAAGUAAGUAUUUCCUGCAACUAGCAGAGAUAGCCGCUUAAUGUUAAGUCGUCGUACUUAAGUUUUGUCUGAUAGCCUAAUAAUGCAAAACUUGUGAUGAUCACUCGUUGAUCAUUAAUGCAAUUUCUUCUGUUUCAAUUUGGCACCAUACUUGUUACAUUAAAAAGGGGUACUCAAAAGGUCCCGGCAAGUUAGAUAUAUCUAACAUUGAACAUGGGUCCCACAAAAUCUUCUGCACAGUGGUAAAUGGAAACCUAGCUACGAAGUGUCUCUUUGGUCUCACACGCUUCUUUCUCAUUCUCACAAAGUCACACAAUACAUGAGCUAAUAACCAAAUCAUUUAAAAGACUUAACUUAUUGAAUAAGUCAUCAUCUUAGAAAUCUCUAUCUAUAUAAACAAUCAAAACCCGAUUGCAAGUUUUAUAACUGUCUUAGAGAAAAAAAAAAAAAAAAAAAAAAAACUCACAAAAAGGAAAUCAUAUUUUGGUUUCUUAGUGUCUCUAAUGGCACGGUUUGAGCCAUAUAAUUAUAACAUAGGUCUUAAUCCUUUCUUUGCACAAAUUAACCAAAAUCCAGAGCUAAUAAAUCUGGACUCACCAGCUUCUACUCCUUCGAGUUUCAUGCUUUUCUCCAAUGGAACUUUAGUUGAUGCCGAUCACAAUAAUUCUCACUUCUCCCCAAAUUUAUUGCAUGGUAAAGAAUUUAUAGUUUUCUUGUGUGGGGGAAAAACUGCUAUAUUCAUAUUUAUGUUCUUAGACUUGAUGAAGCUAGAAAUCGCAGGUGGUAGUGGUACGGGAAGAAAAGGCAAUAAAGAAGAGAGUGGGUCAAAAAGAAGAAGAAAGAGGUCGGAAGAGGAAGAAGCCAUGAAUGAAGAGGAGACUCAGAAGCCAAAAGAUGUUGUCCAUGUCCGAGCUAAGAGAGGUCAAGCUACUGAUAGCCAUAGUUUGGCUGAAAGGGUACGAAGAGAGAAGAUAAAUGAAAGGCUGAAAUGCUUACAAGACCUUGUUCCAGGCUGCUACAAGGCAAUGGGAAUGGCAGUGAUGCUUGAUGUCAUCAUAGAUUAUGUUCGAUCACUCCAGAAUCAAAUCGAGUUUUUGUCCAUGAAACUCUCAGCGGCAAGUGCGUAUUACGACCUUAAUUCUUUGGAUAUUGAGCCAACAGAUAUAUUUCAGGGAGGGAAUAUGUCCACUGCAGAAGAGAUGGAAAGGAUUUUAAGAGAAAGCGUUGGAACACAGCCUCCUAAUUUCAGUUCAACAUUGCCCUUUUGAUAUAUAAGACAAAUUUUCAGAGAAAUUACAUUCUCUUUUUCUAUAAUUAAACUACAUAAAAAUAAGGACUUACCAU